UUAUAUGCAAGAGAGUCGUCAGAGGGCAUGUAUCUUUGUAAACAACCUCAGAACUAAUGUACUAUAAUUCUUUUUUUAUCUUUUGUAUGAACAAUGAUUAUUAUAUUUGCGCUCGACGCGUCGACCUCUCAUUUCACCACAGUCUUUUGUUAAUUGUUACAUUUCUUGUGAUUAUAAUGUUUUUAAUAAAUAGUAUUUUAAUUUAAUUAGUAAUUAGUGUUGCGAAAUGGAAUUGGGAUCGGUAGGUUGGCAUUUAGCGUUCUGUGUUGUGGUUCUAGUUUAUUUUCGUACGUACUUGUGUGCUAUAGUGAAAUUUUUGUGACUUUUACCUCUGUUUUGUGCAUGUUUUGUAAGUGCGUAGUAUCUUAAGUUAUAAGUGUAAUUGUGUAGAAAUGUAUGUGUUAUGUUUUUUUAAACUAGUGCAUUGAUGUGCUGUUUAAUUAGGUGUUAACAUAUUUCUGACGUAAUCUGCUAUCCAAUUAAGCUUAAUAUGGAAAUACACGAUAAAGAAUCAAUGGAAAACGAUGUGGUGAUAAAUAUCAAAGGGCUGAAAGUAUGGACGCCUGAGGAAAAGUCCUGGUGGAGACGGAAACCUACUAAACCUCAGAAUGUUAUACUUAACAAUGUUACAGGAAAUAUUAGACGAAGUGAAUUUGCUGCUGUCAUUGGACCAAGCGGCGCCGGAAAAACAACAUUCUUGGUUUCUUUAGCGGGGAAAUGUACGCUACCAUCGGAGGGUUCAGUGACCCUGUAUGGGCAAAAUGUCAAGGCAUGUCCCGGGGCUGUGGAGAUCUCCCCACAGCAUGAGUCGUUCAUGGAUGGGCUCAGCGUAAUGGAGCACUUGGUAUUCAUGACAGAAAUGAAACUAGGCAGCUGCAAGGAUCGAAGAAUCAAAGCUACGCUGGACAGCUUAGUCGAGGAGUUUAAGAUGAAGCCCCACAUCAACACCCCCGUCGGAGGACUCUCUGGAGGGGAGAGGAGGCUGCUGUCUCUUGCUACUACGUUCCUAUCAGACCCACAAAUACUGAUCUGUGAUGAGCCAACCACGGGGCUGGACAGCUACAACGCCCUCCUCGUGAUUGGAGUCCUGAAGAAACUGUCAGCAUCAGGCAGGAUCGUCAUCUGUUCUGUCCACCAGCCUUCUUGUGACCUGUUUAAGGAGUUCAGCUCUAUACUCCUAAUGGCUGAAGGUAGACUGCUGUUCCAUGGGUCGCAGGAUGAGUGCAAAGAUGUUUUUGAAAGCAUAGGUUUGCUGUGUCCCCUAAACUACAACCCAGCAGAGUUCUACAUCAGAGCAGUCAGCUCCAGUAGCAACGUCCAUAGACUUGUGGAAAUUUCCCAAAACCGGUCGGAGUACCAGGGAACCAGUUCCACACGACCCGAUUUGGUCCACACUUAUAAUAGGCCUGUCCAAAGGAAUUGGUUCAAACAAGUGCAUUUACUGCUAUGGAGACUCUCAUUAACAUUGAAAAGAGAACUUAGGAAUCAAAUUCUACAAUUAUUUAUUACUGUGGUAAUAACCUCAAUGGUGCUAGGAGUAGCCUACGUAGGAGCUACAGGCACCACUCAGCGCGGAGUCCAGGAGAUACGUGGCUUCCUCUGGCUCCUCACCAGCGAAGUAUCCUUCGGAGUGUCAUACAGCGCUCUCUAUGCGUUCGAGUACGAGAUAUCGCUGUUCAAGAGAGAAGUCGGUGUCUAUAAGUGUUCUGCGUACUUUGUGUCGCGGUUUUUGAGUUUUAUACCACGCUGCAUAAUAUGGCCAGUCGUGCUGGUGUCCAUCUCUUCUCUAGCAGUAGACUUACCCAACCACAUCAUCACGACAUUGGAGUUCAUUGCCCUACUGGUCGUGAGCGCCAUUCCAGCUGUUGCUUAUGGUCUUGGCAUGGCAGCCCUGUUCACUUCAACCGGCAUCAUAGGUGACGUCAUGCCCUGUGUAGACCUACCCCUGUUCCUCAUGUCAGGAGCGUUCCUGCGAAUAUCUUCGCUACCACCUUGGAUGUUCCCUGUCAAGUACAUAUCGCAUUUCUACUACACCAUGGAUGCAAUCAGCAACGUGUACUGGAGACAGAUUGAUUUUAUAGAUUGUCCAACGAAUGAAACUUCGACCUGUGUCAGGGAUGGCGCUACAGUUUUACUAGAAAACGGAUACGUGAACAACUUUAUACUACAAGACUCAUUGGGAUUCGUCUUAAUUACUCUCAUCUGGUGCCUACUAGGAUACCUAGGGUUGAAGAGAGAGGAAAAGAAAGGCUAUGCUUAUUAGAAUAAGGUUUUAUUUUAAGUAAUCAUUAAAAAUAUUGUGUACGUUU